CCAAAUUCAUUCUUUUCCGGUGUAAGAGGUGUCAAAAUUCGUGAAAUUUUUGCUACUGGUACUGUCUAGCAGAUUUUCCUGUGAAAUAGCCUCCGAACCGUGCUAGAAUGGCCAAAAAGAAAGGCGAGAACUACGAUAGCGAUGGGGCUGACGAUCAAGACUUCGAUGAGGAGCCCAACUUCGACGAUCCGGAGGGUUUUGUUGACGAUGUCGCCGAUGACGAGCUACUUGGUGAUUUUCUGAAGCAAAAACCUUGCGAAUCCGACGGUGUCGAGAAUGUUAUUGUCGUGGAUAAUAUUCCAGUAGUGGGACCGGCUCGCUUUCCCAAACUUCAAGGAGUAUUGGAGAAGUUGUUCAAGAAUGCCGGUUCGAUCGUAAACUUCUACUAUCCCAAGGAUGAGGAAGAAAACACCAGGGGUUAUGCCUUCGUAGAAUUCAAAAAUCCGGAGAUGGCCGAAGAAGCCGUCAAAACGUUCAACAACUAUCGAAUGGAUAAGUCGCAUACGUUGCUGGUGAAUCUGUUUUCGGAUUUCCAGAAAUACUCGGACAUUCCCAAGGAUUGGAGCCCUCCGGAACCGCAACCGUACAAGAUGCAAAAUGAUCUCUACAAUUUCAUGACCGAGCCGGAUGCGCAAGAUCAAUUCUGUGUAAUAGCUGAAUCAUCCCCGGGUGCCGUACAGGUUCAAUUUUGGCACAACACUCAACCGGAGCCGGUGGAACUAUUGACUCGUGAGCGAUUUACCGAAACCUAUGUCAAGUGGUCUCCACUAGGAACGUACAUUGUGACGUUCCACAAGCAGGGUGUUGUCAUUUGGGGUGGUUCUAACUUUAUUAAGAUCAAUAAGUUUGCCCAUCCCGGAACCCAGUACGUGGACUUCUCUCCAUGCGAACAGUAUUUGGUUACGUAUGGUCCAAAUGGCCAAAAGAUUAUUAUCUGGGACAUUCGUACCGGAACAGAAAAGCGUUCGUUUUCCUCGGAUGGCUCUUCCAACAUGUCGAUGUUCCGUUGGUCCCACGACGAUAAGUAUGUGGCUCGAAUGGGUGAUAACGCUGUUCACGUUUAUGAAACGUCUACUUUCUACCUACUGGAUAAGAAGUCGAUUAAGGUUCAAGGCAUCCGCAACUUUAGCUGGUCUCCGACUGAUAAUAUUAUUGCCUACUGGAUGUCGGAAGAUCUUGAUGCUCCGGCUCGUGUGACGCUGAUGGAAAUUCCUAGGAAAACGGAAAUUCGUAAUAAGAACUUGUUCAACGUAGCUGAUUGUAAGAUUCAUUGGCAAAAGUCCGGAGAUUACCUGUGUGUAAAGGUCGAUCGUUAUUCGAAAUCCAAAAAGGACAAGAAGGAUGCCGACGUGAAGUUCCUGGGUAUGUUCUACAACUUUGAAAUUUUCCAUAUGCGAGAGAAGGAUAUUCCCGUGGACUCGGUAGAGGUGAAGGAAACUAUUCUGGCUUUUGCAUGGGAACCUGUGGGUUCUAAAUUUGCCAUCAUUCACGGUGAGCCAGCUAACGCUAAUGUGAGCUUCUAUGAGGCUAAAAGGGGACAGGAACCUACGAUGCUGAAGAAGAUGGACAAGAAAAUUUGCAGUCACCUGUUUUGGUCCCCGCGGGGGCAGUUUAUUGUAUUGGCGAACCUCCAGAUGGGAUCGUUUGAGUUCGUUGAUACCAACGACUUUACCAUUAUGAAAAGUGGUGAUCAUUAUCGCGCCUCUGAGGUUGAAUGGGACCCUACUGGACGAUACGUGGUGACCGGAACGUCCGGAAAGGUCAAGGAAGAUCACGGCUACUACAUUUGGUCCUUCCAAGGUCGAAUAUUGAAGCGCGUCAAUCUGAAGAAUUUCAUUCUAUUCCUAUGGCGUCCGCGACCACCUACCCUGCUUGUUGAUGAGAAGCAGAAGGAAAUACGCAAGAACCUAAAGAAGUACUACGCACAAUUUGAGAGCAAGGAUCGUGUCCGUAUGACUCGUGCCUCCAAGGAACUGUUGGAGAAGCGUGCCAAGCUGCGCGAGCAGUUCGUGGAAUUCCGUACCAAGCGUGUAAGCGAAUGGGAGGAGCAAAAGUAUCGUCGUAUGCAAUUGCGAAACAAUGUCGAUACUGAUACGCUGGAGGCUGAUCCAGAAAAUGUUGAAGAAGAAAUUGUAGAAAUUCUAGUACGUGAAGACACCACCCUCCUCGAGUAGUUCGUAUAAGGCAACUCGUUUGACUACCAAGUGUUAUCUCAUCAUUAACGAGAUAAACUGAAAGACACUAAAAGAGAUCAGAAGCGUUUCAUGAUAAGCUUAUAAUCGUAGCAUAACAAGGGAGAGAUAAGUGCACCUCAAAUCGUGACCGUAUCCUCUCUUGCCAAAACAACAAAAAUCAACUGUGCAGGACUUAACAUCGCCUCCAUCUAGUUAAUACAACAACAACUGCGACAGACUUAUUGAGCACAGUAUAUAUAAUAUCGGACAAAAGUGUUUUCCAGAAAGAAAUUUCCAGCGAGUUAAAGAUAAUAGCCAUCCACUCAACAGGACAUCCCGGAAGGCAGUGUGUGAAGUUAGCAAUAGCAACUAUAGUUUGAACGCAUAUUUCGUGGAAUAUACACUUAUUUGCAAGAACGAUCUUGAUUUGUAAGUUGUAUUUUAAUGUGGAACAUGGAGAAUAUACUUUUCAAUAUAGCUUAUAAUAAAUGUCACUUAUUAGCAUAUUACAAA